ACAGACCCCAGCAUUAAAAUCGAAAAUUGUUCAGUUCCGACAACACAAAACUUUCAACAAAAAAAAAAUCUGUUUGUUUUUUUGUUUACGAGAAUGCUGAAAUUAUCGGACCAGAUCUUCUCCUGCGGCUUUGAGAUCUUCGGCAAAGUGCAGGGUGUACGCUUGCGCAAACAAACGCGCGAUCUGGCCACAGUGAACAAUGUCCGUGGCUGGGUGAUGAACACCGACGAGGGCACGGUCAAGGGCCAGCUGGAGGGCACCCUGUCCAAGGUCAACGAGCUGAAGUUCUGGCUCCUCAACUUUGGCAGUCCGCGCUCCAUCAUCGAGCGGGCCGAGUUUACGCCCACCAAGGAGAUACCGGCACACAACUUUAACGGUUUUACCAUACGCUACCACCAGUAUCCCAUUCAGCGGUCUGACGAUCUGUAGAAAAGAAAGGAUGAGAAGAGCAAACUAGAGCAAUUGUUUCAAUGUUUUAUAUGUAUAUUUUGAUGUGGUAAUUGUCUUUUGGGCCUUGAAAUUGUGUGGAAAAUAUAUAUGAAUGUACUUUGUUA